AUGAAUCGAUUAAAAUUAGCUUACAGGCCCAUUGUCUUUGUGGUGACAGCAAGACGAUACAUUAGUACUCCUGCUCGUGUCCGAUUCGCACCUAGCCCUACUGGCCAACUUCAUUUAGGGGGAUUAAGAACUGCACUUUACAAUUACUUGCUUGCAAAAAAGACAAACGGUCAAUUCAUCUUGCGCAUUGAAGACACCGAUCAGUCUAGAUACGUGGAAGGAGCAGUCGAAAACUUGAUCAGGGCCUUAGACUGGGCUGGCAUUCACCACGACGAAGGACCUGACAAGAACGGACCACAUGCACCUUAUUAUCAAUCAGAGAGAACUGAAUUAUAUAGAAGAUAUGCAAAGCAAUUGGUUGAUACAGAUCAUGCUUACAGAUGCUUUUGUACACCUGAAAGAUUGCAAAAGGUACGGGAGGCAAGGCAAAAACAAGGAAACUACAUUGCGUAUGACAAGCAUUGCUCUUAUUUAAGUGAGGAAGAGAUUCAAACGAACCUUGAAAAGAAGAUUCCCUUUACUAUUCGAUUAAGAACCCCCUAUGAAGGAAUGACGGAGCAUGAGGAUUUAGUGUAUGGGAAGAUCAGCUUUAGUAAUAAAACAAUAGACGACACCAUCUUGAUCAAAAGUGAUGGAUAUCCAACCUACCAUCUAGCAAAUGUAGUGGACGACCAUUUAAUGGAAAUUACCCAUGUGUUGAGAGGAGAGGAAUGGUUAUCUUCUACUCCCAAACAUCUGCUAUUGUAUAAAGCACUUGGAUGGAAGCCACCCUUGUUUGCUCACUUACCGCUCUUGCUAAAUCCUGAUGGCUCCAAGCUUUCGAAGCGAUCAGGCGAUGUCUAUGUUGAACAAUACAUUUCUAAAGGCUAUCUUCCAGAAGCUAUCAAUAAUUUUGUAUCAUUACUAGGCUGGCAUCCUGGACAUGAUGAUACAACAAAUGACGCAUUGUUUACGAUGAAAGAAUUGAUUGAUAGAUUUGAUAUCAAGGACAUCAAUCACUCUGGUGCUAUUGUAGAUCACCAAAAGUUAGAUUGGAUCAACAAGCAUCACUUACUAAAGAGAGCAGAGACAAAAGAGGGAUUAAAUAGCCUGGUAGACAUGCUAAAACCACUGAUUGACAAUAGAUAUUCAAACAGUCUAAAGGAGAUAAAUAAGGAAUAUAGGCUUGAACCAAACUAUCUAUCCAAAGUGAUUGCUACCAUUAAGGAUCGUAUCCGUAAUAUUCAUGAUAUCCCAGACCUUUGCAGCUACUAUUUUAUUGAACCCAAUUAUGAAUCCAAGGAUGCAGUGACCCUCAGAAACAAGCUAAAGCAGCCUGCGAUAGAUCUUGUAGCGACAAAAGAAUUUAAAGAGCAACUUGAUCUGCUACCAUUGUUUGAUGCUGAACAUAUCAAAAAACAUGUUUAUGAGUCGGCUGAUCGAAAUAAGUUAAAUCCUAACCAUGUCAUGAUGGCAUUACGCUACUUCCUUACUGGAUCAAGAGUAGGUGCAGGUGUAGCAGAAACAAUGGAAGUUUUGGGUAAAGACACUGUAAUGCAAAGAUUGGGCAUCCACAAAUAA